AUGAGUGAGAAAAGCAACUCAGAAAAAGUAAAAGUUCGAGGUCUGCUCACUUCCCGUAUCGAAAAAAAACCCAGUGUGGAUAUUCCUGCCUACGUCGAUUUAGAAGGGUAUUGGGCCAAAAGUUCUAAUG